AUGAGAAUAUUGGUAGUCAAAAAUAAAGAAAAUUUGUUUUCCUAACUGCAUUUAAAUUUUGUUCUUCAUUAAAAAACAAAAUUGCAAUUAAAAUGGCAUCCACUGUUGAUGAUGGUGGAUGCGAACCAGCAUCUGAAGUUUCAAUUGGUUCGAAUGAACAUUCAAAAACUAAAAUCGCCAUUGAAUCAUUAGCAACAAAUAUUGAUAAUAAAUUGAAUCUAAAUGAUCAUAUAAGUGAUUCAACAAUAUCAUCAUCACAAUGUCCUAAUGAUCAUGAAACGACCACCAAAUCUGAAUCGCAAUCUUCAUCGACAUUAUCAUCAUCAUCAUCAUCAGCUCAAACAAGCUCAAAAACAACAAGUAAUGUAACAGCUAACCAAAACAAUCAUCAUCAUAACAAUACCAAUAAUGUGCCCAAGUCUGGUACACCAAUUCCAAAUCGUGUAUUCGUUGGUGGUAUACCUGAUGAUGCGACUGAAAAUGAUUUACGGCAUUUGUUUGCGCAAUAUGGUCAUAUUAAGUUGGUCAAAAUAAUUAAUGAUCGUGCUGGCAUCUCCAAAGGUUAUGGUUUUGUUACAUUCGAACGUGCUGAUGAUGCACAGAAAGUGAUCAAAGAAGCUGAAAAUAUGAUCAUUAAAAAUCGUAAACUCAACGUUUCGGCAGCUGUGAUUAAGAAGCAAGAUUUUCCAUUAGAAUCGAGAAUGAUGCCGACUACUGGAAUGUUGUUCUAUCCACAGAUUUCUACAUUUGCCAAUCCUGUUACGGCUUCAGCCUCAGCAGGCUACAAUCAUCAUCCAUACUAUAGUGAAAAUUAUCCCUAUCCAUUGAUCGAAGGAUUACCCUUUGCCAUGCCACUGGCCGCGAUGAAUGGACAUUUCAUUCCUGGACCACCUCCAUCCGGAAAUGCCUGUGCUCCUCUUUUGACAUCGCCAGUUUCUGCUGCGGCUUCCCAAUAUAUUGCAGCUCAACAACCCCCACCGACAGCUUCAACUCAAACCUAUUCUCCAGUCACUCCAUAUCCACCAGCGUGUCCAACAGCGCCCACACAUUUUAUCUAUUCAGCCAAUCCAUCGGCCAAUUCAUCUUCCAUUGCGAUCUAUGGUGGAUCACAGCAUUCAACACAUAUGUUAACAGGAUCAGGAACUAACCCAAAUGCUGUCAUGAACGUAUCGCCUGUCUUUCCCACACCACCAUCGCAAACAACGCCAUAUCCAUCUAAUGUCACUGCCACAACUAGUACGACAUCCAAUACUGGAAAUAAUGGUUAUCAGCAAAUGAAUGGCGUUAAUGCCACUGGUGGACAUCCAGCCGGAAAUUCAGUGCCAAUAUCAUCAUCAUCUCAGAUGAACGUGGGCAAUAGUCAAUCACAACAGCAGCAAUACUUGGCAUAUUCUAAUUCGCUAUCGGAUUCAAUGGUGGUCAAUUCCAACUCUCCGAAUAAUAAUGCUGGUAUGAUGAUUAUGGCCGGUGGUCAUCCAUCGCAUCAUCAGCAAACAUACGCAACAUAUCCCUCAUCAACAAAUCCUUCUAUGAAAAUGGAUGGAUUGGUCGAUAUGGCAUUGGUAUCAUCUUCGAUGGAUUCGACAAAUGCCGCUAUGGUCCCUCAUCCCAUGAGCACUCAUUAUGCCAGUCAUAUGCCUAAUGCUCAUCAUUACAUGCAACCACCGCAACCAGGUGCUCAUUACAUGCAUAUGGCAGGUAUGGGUGGUGUUGAACUACAUCCCAUGUGGUCAUCAUCGACAACAACCUCCACCACUUCAGCUCAUGGUCAUCAUCAAAAUAAUGCAGCAAAUGUGCCUAAUGGUCAACCUUCCCCACAAAAGUUACCUGUGGCCGGAAAUUUCGCCGUUGUGCAACCACAUACAACAACUUCAGUGAAUGGUCAAAAAUCAAAUCAACCGCUAAUAACGUCUGCAACAGGAUCAAGAUCCCAAUAUCAUGGUCAUUACGCGAAUAAACGAUCAUCACCGCCUGUAUCCCAAUCAACUUCUUCAUCGAAUCGAUCAUCAUCAUAUUCGACUACUAACAAUGUUCAGUAUAAUCAAUCGCUAGUAACCAAAGAUAAGAUGGCUGUUCACAGUAGUCGCCAUACAAAUCAAAAUUCGUCUUCGUACAACCAUAACAGUCAUUCUAGUUCUUCAUACAACAACAAUAGUAGUAAUGCUAGUCAUCAUAAUAAAAAAAUAUACCACAAUAAUAGCCAUCAUUCAUGGAAUUCGAAUUCACGAAUUCCAUCGAACAAAGUAUUGAAUGGCCAUGGUCAUAAUCGUGGUCAUAAUUAUCAUGAUACUAUGGCUAUAGCAGAUAUGGCGAAAUCAUCAUCAUCAUCAUACAGUAGUGGUCAUCAUUAUCCACCUUCAAACAACCAUAAAACAUCAUCGGAUAUAUAUUCCAAUAAUCACAAUCGAACGGGUAAUGGCCAUCAUCAAUAUCCGUCGAGUGCAAUAAAAACUAAUCAUUUGGUACAUUCAUCAUCUACUUCUUCGUCGUUGCAACCGCAUCUCCAAACCUUUGUUACGAAAACGAUCAAUGGUGUUCAGAUUUAUGCAUUGGCCAAUAGUAACAAUACAACCUCUUUAGAUGCUCAAUCACAAACAGUACCUGGAAAUGGUGUCUCGAAUGGUAGCAUUUUAACAUCGCCUCCAUCAUCAUCAUCAUCUUCACCAUACAAGACAUCAACAUAACUUAGCAUUUGAGAAAAAUACGAACGACGAUCUCACCUCGAAACCGGAAUUUGAACAUUCCAAGCCCAAUCAGGAAAUGACAACCACUUGGAUCACCACCAUCAUACCAUUUGUCAUUGUUAAAUUCUCUCUACCGUUUUCGUUUCGUUUAUCUCCUUUUUGUUUUGUUUCAUUUUAUUAUUAUGUUCUGUUUCCGUUCCAUUUUAUAUGAUUAUCCCGUAUCCAUCUUUUUUCUCAUUUUCUCUGUAGCGUUCUGUCUUUGUUCAAUAUACACACAUAAACACACCCUAGUCACAUUCAUGCUAAAUAGGCACAUAUGCCCAGCAUC